AUGUCCCCAAUUCUGAUCUGUCUAGGUAACCCAUUGCUUGACUUACAAGUCGAUGUUACCCCUGAGUAUCUUGCUAAGUACUCUUUGAAAGCUAAUGAUGCUAUCCUCCUGGAUGGUGCCUCCAACGAUCCAAAGAUGGCUAUCUUCGGUGAAGUCUCUAAGAUGCCAGAAGUCAAAUUUGUUGCUGGUGGUGCCGCUCAAAAUUCAGCUAGAGGUGCUGCUUACGUUCUAGGAGCUAACCAAGUAGGUUAUUUUGGUUCUGUUGGUAAUGAUCAAUUUUCUGCCAAAUUGGGCGAAGAGAAUGCUGCUGCAGGUGUUGUCUCCUUAUAUCAAGUUCAACAAGAUAUCGGUACUGGUAAAUGUGCUGCUUUGAUUACAGGCCAUGACAGAUCCCUAGUGACUGAUCUGGGUGCUGCUAAUCAUUUCACCCCAGAGCAUUUGGAGAAACACUGGGAUCAAGUCGAAGCCGCUAAAUUGUUUUACAUCGGUGGAUUCCAUUUGACUGUCUCUCCUGCUGCUAUUGUCAAGUUAGGUAAGCACGCUAAGGAAACUGGCAAGCCAUUUGUCAUGAACUUAAGUGCUCCUUUCAUCCCUCAGUUCUUUAAGGAUGCUUUGAAGGAAUGUUUGCCAUACGCUACUAUCGUUAUUGCUAAUGAAUCAGAAGCUGCCGCAUAUGCUGAAUCCUUUGGUUUGACUUGCGAUACUACUGAUCUAGAGGCCAUCGCUAAACAAAUUGUUGGUGGUGACUCUAACAAGACUGUUAUCUUCACCCACGGUCUAGAACCAACUGUGGUCACGACCACUAAAGGUUCCACUUCUUACGAAGUCCAUCCUUUGGAAAAAUCCAAGAUUGUAGACACCAAUGGUGCAGGUGAUGCCUUUGCUGGUGGGUUCAUGGCCGGUCUAGCUCAAGGUAAGCCAUUGGACACUUGUAUUGAUAUCGGUCAAUGGUUAGCUUCUUUGUCUAUCCAAGAAGUCGGUCCUUCUUAUCCAAAAGAGAAGCUUACUUACACUAAGGUCUAA